UAGGAGGGGAGGAUUUGGAGUCGGAAAACUCAAACCAAACAUCACAACAGGAUCUGAUAGAGUCGCCCAAUUUAUCGAGUUCUGAAUAUCAUCGGUUUAUGGACAUGGACGGAAAAAGCACCUUUCACAGUGGGGAGAGACCGUACACGUGUUCUGUGUGUGGACGAGGCUUCAGCCGAUCAUCAGACCCAUCAAAACAUAAAUGCAGUCAAAAUGGGGAGAGGCCAUGGAAAUGUGCAGAUUGUAGGAAGGGAUUCUCUGAUACAGUUCAGCUGGAAACUCAGCGGGACAGUCACACCAGGAAGAGGCUGUUCACCUGCUCAGAUUGUGGGAAGAAAUUUGUUAAUUCAUCCAACCUGCUUACACACCAACGAGUUCACACUGGGGAGAGACCGUUCACCUGCCCUGAGUGUGGGAAGGGAUUCAUUAAUUCAUCCAAUCUGCUGAGGCACCAGAGAGUUCACACGAGUGAGAGACCGUUCACUUGCUCCAAGUGUGGGAAAGGAUUCACUCAGUCAUCCAGCCUGGUGAUACACCAGCGGGUUCACACUGGGGAAAAGCCGUUCGCCUGCUCCGAGUGUGGGAGAGGAUUCACUGACUCAUCCAACCUGCUGGUGCACCAGCGUGUUCACAAUGAUGAGAGACCAUUCAGGUGUUCUCACUAUGGGACUGGGUUCAGGCGAGCAUCUGAACUCACCAUACACCAGCACACUCACACUGGGGUGAGGCCAUUCACCUGUACGGAGUGUGGGAAGGGAUUCACUGAUUCAUCCACCCUGCUGAGGCACCAGCGAAUUCACACUGGGGAGAGACCUUUCACCUGUACAGAGUGUGGGAAGGGAUUCACUCAGUUAUCCAGCCUGCUGAGACAUGAACAAACUCAAACUGAGGGGAGGCCAUUCAGCUGCUCUGAGUGUGGGAAAGGAUUCGCCCAUUCGAACAACCUGGUGAGACACCAGCAGGUUCACACUGGGGAGAAGUUGUUCACCUGCUCUGAGUGUGGGAAGAGAUUUACUCAGUCAUCCCACCUACAAACACAUCAACGAAUUCACACUGAUGAGAGACCGUUUAAAUGCCCAGACUGUGGGAAGUGCUUUAAAAGUUCCGGGGAACUGAUGUCCCAUCAACUUGUUCAUACUGAUGAGAGACCAUUCAGGUGCUCUCACUGUGGGGCUGGGUUCAGGCGAUCAUCUCAACUCAUUUUACACCAGCGAACUCACACUGGGGAGAGGCCGUUCACCUGCUCCGAGUGUGGGAAGAGAUUCACUCAAUCAUCCCACCUGCAGACACACAAGCGCACUCACACAGGGGAGAGGCACUUCACCUGCACCACAUGUGGGAAGGGAUUCACUCAGUCAUCUCACCUGCUGACGCACCAGCGAGUUCACACUGGGGAGAGGCCAUUCACCUGCUGCAAGUGUGGGAAGGGAUUUACUCAGUCUGCUAACCUGCUGAAACACCAGCGAGUUCACAAAUAACUGCAGUGAUUGGAUUUUGCUGUUAAUCACAUCCAGACUGAGCCAUGUUCAUUCAGGCCUGUUUCUGCUGAUGUUAAUAAACUCCAGCCCUGUCAUCGUGGUUCUCACUCUGAAUAAAAAUUAAAUUAACAGUUUUGUGUUAAA